UCACGGCGUUCUAAAAAAGAACCGAGAAAACAAUCGGCAUUGAGAAAAAUAGAUACACUCUGAUCCUAUUUAAAGGGGAAGGCUCUGGGCACCCCGGAGUCAGAUCCAGCUAUAUAAACAAAGGCGAAGGACUGCAGAGAGAAAGCUGUUAAGUAAACAUGGUGUCGCCGGUAACAGUGGUGAAGAGUGAAGGUCCUAAGCUUGUGCCCUUUUUCAAAGCCACCUGUGUCUAUUUCGUCCUUUGGCUGCCGACAUCCAGCCCUUCCUGGUUCAGCGCCCUCAUCAAGUGUCUGCCUAUCUUCUGCUUAUGGGUCUUCUUGCUGGCACAUGGGAUCAAUUUUCUGAUGGCCCAUCGCAGCCCAUCUAGAAUUUUUGCUGGUUUGAUAUUCUCAGCUGUAGGAGAUGCGUUCCUCAUCUGGCAAGAGCAAGGCUACUUUGUUCACGGUUUGCUGAUGUUUGCCAUCACACACAUCCUAUAUUCCUUGGCAUUUGGGAUGAAGCCUUUAGACCUGAAAGCUGGCCUUGUGAUGGUCCUGACGGGCAUUUUCUGCUACAGCUUCCUGUAUUCCUACCUCUCGGGCCCAUUUACCUACCUGGUAGCUGUCUAUGUUGUCUUGAUUGGCUUCAUGGGCUGGCGGGCCAUGGCCGGCAUGCAGCUGUGCAACGACCUUUGGACUUGGACCAAACUCUCAGCUUGCAUUGGCUCAGUGCUCUUCAUAGUAUCAGACAUGGCCAUCGCUGUCAACAAAUUCUGCUUUCCUGUGCCCUACUCACGGGUCAUCAUCAUGGCCACUUACUAUGCAGCUCAGAUGCUCAUUGCCCUUUCUGCUGUGGAGAGUAGAGAUGAAGAGGUCUUCAGAAAGGGGAAGUAGACGGCGAUGAUGCCAGCUGACUCUCAAACUUUGCAGUGGGUGCUGUACCAGCAUUCAUUCCCAAGGGCAUCUCUGACUAUUAAGGCGAAUUAACAAUUGCAGAUCUUGCUUCUUCAAAGCAUUUUUUGUUAGUAUUUAGCUGGCUCUCCUCAAGUUCAGUUUGUUGGAGUGCGGAAGCCACGCUGGAAGUUUAGAGUGUUCUUACAGAACCUGCUGUCUGACAUUUUCCACCUUGGAAGUUUUGGGAGGCAUCUCUAAUACUUUAUUGGUAUAAUACUGAAGCUGGUGCUGAACAUUCCGGAUGGAGAAGUCUCAUUUAAAAACAAUGGUGUAUUUUUGUUUUGUUUUUUGGGGUAAGUUGUUGGCUGGAAAGUAUAUUGGGUUUUAAGAGCCUUUAACUCUGAAUGUGUCAAGUCAUGUGAAAACAACCCUUGGCGAUGUCUGUCGAAACCCCAUCUUUGUGUGCUUUGCAGUACAACUGUGAAAUAAUUGUGUGUCUCCACAAGGAAUCCCCAGGGCCCAAAUAAUACAACAGGAUGCAGGAGCACUUAUGGGAGUUUGAAUGGUUAGUAAAGCUUGCGCUAUCCCUGGGAGAAACCCGUCUGAAUGCCAGAUUCACACAACCAUGUAUUGGAGGCCAUUCAAAGCCUUUCUUCUGAAUGUGAAUCCUGCAGAGCGCCCGUUGUUCUGCAGACUUAAAAGCAACAACAGAAUGCAACAAUCUUCUCAGGCUUGCAGAGGAGGAGGGGGGAUCUGGAAAUGAAAAUGUUGAUUUUAAAACAAAAAGCAGAUAAUGAUCUAUGGUUAAUCCACUUUUCUAGCAGACCAUUUCCAGCUUGCAUAAUCUCCGGCUAAAGCACCAAAACAUGGAACGGAAAAACAUCCAAAUGUUCUCGAAGUUGAAGUCACCAGCUGCUUUGUUGGCUGAAUUCACUGGCCAAGAAAACGAUCUGCUUGUCAGCCCUGCUGUCGUUGCUGUGUCAGGAUGAUGUGGGAAGAACUUGGAGCCAUCUUUUUAUCUUCCCACCACCCUCUCCAAAAUCCCAAAUGAAAUCAAUGUAUUGAAAGAGGAAGCAUUGGCAGUGAUGCACACUACAUUAUAGGUGCUCUGCUCACUGUGAACAAGGGCCACGCCAUGGAUCCCUAACAAACAUUAGCAAGUCAGCAUUUCUGCUAUGAACUUGGUGGAUUAUCAGGGAACAGUAUUUAUUUACAUUGAAGCCUAGCGGCUUCCAUGUAUUUGCGCAUGUGUCUGUGUGUACCUGUCUCGUGUGCACAUGACUAUCGAGUUAUUUUCCCACCACCUCCAGCCAGAGCUGUGGAGUCUGCAGGUGCCUUCAUCCCUACAGCUGCAACGCGGGUCAUGCCUAUUACCUAAGUGCUAAGAGACCAAUCAGUAUCCCACCCUCCUAAGAUAUUCAUUCAUGUUCAUUGGGCAGCACUGAAUUACUAUGGAUCAGACUGGGAGGGAAGUGCAGUUUGGAAAAGUUUCAUGUCAGCAGUUUUCCUAUGAUGAUGAUGAUGAUGAUGAUGAUGUGUCAGGUUGCAAAACAGGGCUCAGUUGACCCACAUUGCAGUUGUCAGGGUGAAGACGCUGGAUCCAUGUCCUCCUGGUUGUUUGUGAAACUUUGUGGGGAAAGACAUCUUACUUAUUAACCACAAUGUGUUUUUUUUCGUAGUUUACUUCUCUUCACAAUCAUUACAGUGUUUAAGGGAUCAAUCCUAUGCACGUUUAGACAGGAAAAAAGUCCUACAACUCCCGGCAUUCCUCAGCCAGUUAUGCUCACUGGGGAAUGCUGUCUAAAUAUGUGUAGGAUUGCACCCUGUGCCAUUUGAAUGUUUAUGUCCUUUUGGCCUGAACAGUUAGAAAAUACAACACACUGUUAGAUUCUCUCUCCUGCAUUGUUUCUUUAGAACCUUGUUCUUACUUGUGAAACUUAGCUCUGCGGCCCUUUUAUAAAAACUUAGAAAAAGAGAACCUGACGAAAAGAGCCUGAGUUUUUCUGGAAAGGCAAUUCUUAAGCAGGGACAUCUCUAAAGAAGUAUUCAACAUAUUCCAGGUAGUUUGCAUUGUUUUCCGGUUAAUAUUCAAAGUCUAGCUAGGGAAUGUUUUCUUAAUUUCCAUUGUUGAACACCUCACACCAUCAGGAAAUUCUUUCUAAUUUUUAGUUGAAAUCCCUUUUCUUAUAACUUGAACCCAUCAAUAUGGUCCCACCUUCUGGAGCAACAGAAAAUAACAUUUGCUCUGUCAUCUGUGUACCAGCCCUUCCAGUAUUUGAAGAUGUCUCUUGUAUUGCCUCUUUGGGUACAAUCCUGUGUAUGUUUAGACAGAAAAAAGUCCUACAACUCCCAGCAUUC